AUGACACAGAUGCUGACUGGUAAUCUCAGAGAUGUCAAUAACCUCAUCAUGGACUAUCUGAUCAAUGAGGGCUACCCUUCGGCGGCUGAAAAGUUUGCGAUGGAAGCCAACAUUGAGCAACCACCGGACGACAGUAAUAUUCAGCUCAGGGUGCAGAUACGAGAUGCCAUACAUCGAGGAGAUCUUCAGCAAGCUAUCGAGCUGAUCGGCGAAGCCAGCCCUGAGCUACUUGACCAGGACGCCAACCUUCAUUUCUCUCUCCUCCGCUUACAGCUUGUCGAGCUCAUUCGCUCAUCUUUCAACGCCUCAUCAUCUAAGACGGACUCAACUGCCGUAGCCAAAGCGAUUCAGUUCGCUCAGCAGAACCUGGCCCCCUAUGCUACUUUGUCCCCCAGCUUCAAAAAUGAUCUCGAACGUGCGAUGGCUCUUCUCAUAGUACCCCGAGAAAGCUGGACUCAAUCACAGCAAACGCCUACCGCUUCUACGGCCCAGAAUGACUUUGGCGCCCUUUCAGAACUUGUAGACCCCUCAUUACGGAAAAAGGUUGCUAAAGACGUGAACGAAGCCAUCCUCGCCUCACAAGGCCAGCGGCGAGAAGCCAACAUCAGACACCUCGUACGCACCCGCGCAUGGGCAGAACAGCUUGCACGCGAGAAAAGGGUCGACCUACCUGACCGCCUCAGUCUCGGCCUUGACGGCAACGAGGCUGGCUCAUCCAACGGCCACAACGGCCAAGACACAGAGAUGGGUGGCAAUGCUGCCGAGAACAGCAGUAGUCAGUCGCGAUCAAGACCAACGAGCGGCAUCACUGACGCACUCAUGACGAGCUACGCCCAGCUCCCCUCCUAG